UUUCCAUUUCAUAAUUCAUUUUCAUUAUUCCGAACUCCGUCGUCAACUCCACGUGCUUAUUAUUAAAAUAAUGUUUUAUAUCAUAUGAAUAUUCUGUUGGCGCGGGCCGGACGCCUGAUCUUAAGCAAACAAAUCCACUAAUGAGGUCGAUAGAUAAUAGAAUAGAUAACUUUAACAGUUUUGUAACCCGCGUGUAGUGUUUACAAGUUAAGUUAUUAAAAUAUUAACGUGAGUUUCAGUCAUAUCUUUAUCUAUUUAUAAAAUCAUUUGUCUUGCUAAAACUCGAUAACGGCGACCCAUUUGGCUAAUAUCGUUCUGGAACUAUUUAUGAAAGCCCAAAGAAGGAUUAAAAGAUUUUAAAUGUUGCUUUCAAAGAUGAAUGUUAAUAAAAAAUUAUUAUAUAUCAAGGGUCAUUACUUUUUCUUCAAUGCUGGUACUGCACCACUUGUACCAUACCUAUCAACUUAUGCACGUCAAUUAGGAUUCUCAUCUGCCACAGUAGGAUUAAUUUACACUAUACUGCCCAUAUUUGGUCUUAUCGCAAAACCCCUUUUUGGAAUUAUUGCCGACAGAUUUAAGAAACAAAAAUCAUUAUUUAUCUUGUUUCAAAUAAUAACUAUUAUCAGUUUUGGAGCAAUAUAUUUCAUACCAGAAAACAGAAGCUUGACAGUUGAAUUAGAUUGCGAUGGAGGUAUUACUAUGUUACAAAGUUGUUAUAAGAGUAAAGAUGCAGUGGACAAUUGUAAAGUUGAUUACUUGAGUAAUUUAAGCCUCAAUGCUACGUCUAGAUGUGAGAUGAACUGUGACAUGACGUCACCUAAAAUGUGGCAGACGGUUUGCGAGCAUUGGCACAUACCUCAGUACUGCUACAGUAACACCAAUAACAUACGAUAUUCCUCAAUCGUCAAUAAAGUUACUUUGAAGAACGAUAGUUGUGCCUAUAUAGCUGCAGGCAAUGUGACCUUGGACGGCCACGUAUACAGUCCUCGUUGCCGACUAGGUGAGGUCUAUGUAGAUGUUAACGAACCCUGUUCUUUCAAAUGUGAUAACACCAAGCUAUCUACAGCCAUAGGAAAGGAUCGUGUUAAUAUGACUUGCAUUGACCAAAAUAUAAAUUACAAACUGUGCCCUACCGAUACUGUCCAACUUAAAGACCUUACUACGGAUCCAUUAAAUAGCACAUGCGAGGCUUCAUGUGAUCUUGACGUGACAACACCAUGGCGGCUCAUGGAAAUAUGCGAGUGGUGGAAAGCAGACACUUCAAGCUACUGCCAACCAAAGACCCGGCAAGGUGAAGAAUUCCCAAAAAAUCUUUCCUUUACUGGAGAAAUACUGUUAUCUUCUACAAUUCAGGAACAUGAAUGCGUGUAUAUGCGGCUCCACCAGAUCGAAUUGCCCAUGGAAAGUGGUGUUGUUACGAAACAUUAUCCGGUCUGUGGACUAAAGGGGCAAUACGAAGAGAAAUCUGAUCUCUUUCUCUCUUCCUGUAAUAUACGUUGUGAUAAUGCUGUGGUAAAUGAGUUGAUUGAGGGCGCGUCGGAUAGCAGAAACGACAAAAAUGAAUUAACAUCAACAUUUUGGCUGUUCUUUGUCUUGAUGAUACUUAGCUGGAUUGGACAGGCUGUUGUUGUUACUUUCGCUGACGCUAUCUGCUUUAAUCUGCUCGGUACUAAAGUAACACAGUAUGGAAAACAAAGACUAUGGGGUUCAGUCGGAUGGGGCAUCUUUUCAUUGCUGACUGGAUUUCUCAUAGAUACACUUAGUGAUGGGGAUUACAAAAAUUACUCUAUUGCAUUUAUACUCAUGUUCGUGUUUAUGAUGGGAGACGUCGCUGUUUCAUGUUUUUUGGAGACUGAUUCAACUAGGAUGUCGGUGAACAUUUUGGCUGAUGUUGGUUCCUUGCUAUCGUCGUUGCCCACAGUUUUAUUCUUAUUGUGGACGAUAGCAGUUGGUUUGUGCACCGGUUUGCUCUGGCAAUUCCUGUUUUGGUUACUAGAAGACAUAUCAGGCCUCACCUGUGAUGGUUCAGGCUACAUAAAAACCUUACAAGGGUUGGUCAGUGCAAUACAAACAUUUGGAGGUGAAAUACCUUUUCUAUUUGUAUCUGGUUAUGUACUAAAAAAGGUUGGUCAUAUAAACAUGAUGAGCUUGGUUCUCCUGGCGUUUGGUGUUAGAUUCAUAUUAUACUCGUUACUAAGCAACCCCUGGUGGGUACUGCCUAUUGAAAUGUUGCAAGGCGUUACUUUUGGCAUGUUCUACCCGACAAUGACUUCGUAUGCUAAUUUUGUCUCACCGCCGGGAACAGAGACUACUGUUCAGGGAUUGGUUGGGGCUGUCUUCGAAGGUGUUGGUACAUCUUUGGGUAGUUUAAUAGGAGGUCAACUGUACGGAACUUAUGGAGGAUGGAUUACUUUCCGUUCGUUUGGCAUUGGAGCCAUAAUAUGCUGUGGAUUGAACUGGCUGGCUUUCUUUAUCCUAAAGGAUAAAAUAGCUUUAGUGCCUUCAGGUUAUUCGUCCGUUAUCCGAUAUGAACAAGGAAAUGAUAUGAUUUUCAUGUUAGAAGACAUGUAGAUGAAGAUGAGAAGGAUGUGAUAAUGGUAAUAGUUGGUAAUGUGUACCUACUUAUUAAAAUUUUAAAUUAAGUAAAAAGCUGUAAUAUAAACCUCCUGACAAUAUUUAGUAUAUAAGUGAAAUCUGUGAUUAUUCUAUUUGACAAAAACGGCACAAAUUAAUACUGUGAAACAGUUGAAGAAUUACCUAUUCAUUUUAUAUAUUACUUACUAGGUAUUUCUUCUAAUUAUUUGCCAAAAUACGUGACUGAUAAUCCAAAUAUUUAGCAGCAGUAUUACAUUAAAUUUUAUGUGGUUUAGGCAUGUCUACAAGAAUAUCGGGUUUAACCACACUUACAUUGUAUGUACUCGCAAAUGGCAUAAAGGCUGUCUUUAAAAAAAAUGCUAUUUUGGGUCUUAUACUUAUAAUGACUGAGAUAGUACGAUUAUUAAGUACAACGUGUGAUUUAAAAUUAAGUAGCAUUUCAGUAUUCGGUAACAACUAAUAAACAAUUUUGACUUUUGAAUUGUGGCCUGUAAAAUGUUUUAACUGAACAUGUGUAAGCUGCAUGGACCAACGUAAGGUGUGUAGCCAAAGUGUGCUCCUAACUUACAAAUAUUUUAACUAAAAAUGACUCACGUUGACGUAAGUGCCCUUUUUAGUUAAUUUAGUAUGUCCCACGAUAAUAAUAAUGGCUGGUUUGAGUGGAGAUUCGCAAGAGUGGAGUUGCCUUCAACUCCAACUCGGGGGAAGGAUGUAUCCCAGUAAGAUGCUGGUAGGGGUCUUGACCGUACUUCCGGGAUUGGUCUGAUAGUAGUGGGAUGCCUCUCCUUCCUCAAGCAGCUCAACGUAUGUUGCCCCCUUGUCGCUACAUGCUAUCGGCCGUUUUCGGGGGCCCAGUAAUUGAGUUUGCGAGUCACCGCCUGCCUGUUUAUCCGUAUUUUUCAAUAUUGGUCAAGUGCAGGGGCCAUAGUAUUCCAUAGUUACCAUAUUAACCAAUCCAUUAACCACUCACACCCAUAACCAACUUAUUUUCUUUCAUAUUGCACAAUAGUCCUGCAUCAGCCGGGGAUUGUCCAUUGGUGUACUUUCAUAGUGCAUACAGGGAUAAUCGCUGGCUGAAUUCCCAUUACAUUUAGAUCAAAAUUGUUCAACGGGCCUCUGCGAGUUGGCUUCGGCCCCUCCUACGCUUUCCAAAGAUCCGGGACCCUGUGGUCCCGUGCAAGGAAAAGAACAUAAAUAAUAAUAUUUAUUUAUUAUUAUUAUCGUGGGACACGAUACUUCUUAUAUAAAUUACAAAUAUUUAUAUAGACUUAAUUUUUAGUUAACAAAGACUUGUUGACGAUGUACUUAGAACCAUUGGUCUGUCCAUUAACCAAAUAAAAUAUACUGUACAAGUGUACAACAUAAAUCUUGAGUAACUAAUAAUUAUGUAAAAAAUGCAGCUAUUUUGUCCAAAAAUUCAUGACUUUUGUUAAUAAUAGUAAAAUUGUAUUAAUGUUUUAGUUAAUUUCUUUAUCUGUAUUUUUAUCCGUUUAGUGUAAUUUAUUUAUCCUAUUUUGUUGUAUUAUUUUUAAACCAUAGGUAAUAUAUCGAGGGUAUUCUGGGAGAAACGAAUAAGUGCAGAAAAUCUACUUUCGAGAAAACGGCACUUAAAGUUUUGAGUGGUCAUAGUUUAAAGUUGAAGCAUAAUAAGAUCAUGAUAUCAAUACUCGUAGUUAGAUAUGUUAUCUAUGAAGUCCCUAAUAUACAAUUAACGUAAUAAAUUUUCACUGUGAAAAAAAAUUAAAGUUUGCGUGAAGGUAAUGCAGUUAUUUGGUUUUACUUAGCAAAUAAGCUGUAAAUCCCCAACCAGAGGUAAUAUUGCUAUUUGAUACAGUUAUAAGGCAUUAUUAUUCAAUAAUAGUAUUAGAUAUUUAAAAAAAAAAUGAAAUAAUUUUGUAUUUAAGGCCACAAUAACCAAAUUCUUCAAAGUACAAUGAAAACUGAAGAGAUUCACGGGUAUUUUAUGUGUAAAGAGAAUAAAUACUUUUAUUUCGUUGUCAUUGUAUAAAUUAAUUACCAGUGACCAUAAGAGUGACCAAUAAGAGAUUAUAUCGCUUUUUGUUUGUAAACUUAAAUAUAAUUAUUGUCAGAUAUCUUCUUUACACAGACCGUAAUUCAGUAAUGAAUGCGUCUACGGUUCUGGGAGUUUUACAAGAUGAAAGAGCGGAAAAAAUUAGGUAUAACUGUGUUAUUAACUCAUUUUCAUAAAAACAUGCACUUAUCUGGUUCUCCCAGAAUAACCUCGAUAUUAAAUUGUACUUAUCCGAUUUCAAUAAACUUUAAAUUAAGCAGGGCUAAAUGCUCAAUCUUUAGGUAUCAAAAUUGUUAGCUAAUGUAUUUACAAUUAAUUGUAACAAUUACCAAAUCUUCUAUGUGUGAUUUUAAGUUUUGGGAGCGUUUAUUUAUACUCGCCAUGAUACACCACACCCAUGGUACUGCCGUGUCCCAUACUGCUGCCUCUGUUGGAGAUGGCAGUGCGGCUGGAAUCACGGGGUCAUUUCUGUUUCAUGUAAGCUCAUAAUACUGAACGGUUUAGGCGUGUUAAUCCACCCUCUUACCUAAGGCGUCUUGGUGGGUGAGAAGUAAUACAUGUGACUCGGAUUUUGAAUUCUACUGUUGGUCUUGUGACACAUGCCUGCUACCAACCAUAGGAUACAUCAUCCCACUCUGACGCUUGUGUGGGAUUUCCACCACAAUCUUUUAAUAGAUAAAAGUGGAGUUCAGAGAUUGGAAACUUCUCGUAAAGACAUUCGUGUAUGUUUGUUUAAACGUUGAAUUCAUCUUUUGAAAUGUAUUUUUACAAUAAAUAGUUAAAUGCGAUGCUCAUAAUGCUAUUUUGUUUUAGAUACCUAUAGGUGUAUGGGUGACAGGGUUAGAAAUGAGUUCUUACGUGGUCGUUAAUUUUAAAGGUUUAGCGGUAUUUUAAAUGACAUACAUUGAUUCGAGCCACUUAUUUUGUAAAGAAUGUAAUAAUUAUAUAAGGAAAGUUACAUUAUAUAUUUAUAAUGUUGUAUAUAUUUAAAAUUUACAUAGUUACAUUAUAUAUUUAUAAUGUAACUAGCUGACCCAGCGAACUUCGUACCGCUUUCGCGUAGCAAUGAUGCUCUACUUUAUUUUGUAUAGCUGAGUUAUGUAUGAGUCCCUAUUCAAUUUGAAUUGGAAUCUAUAAAUAUCCUCCAUAUAAAAAUGAAUCCAUAAUUUCCUGAUCUCACUAUACCUGAAAAGGACUUUACUAAUUUAAAAAAAAAACAAAAUAUAUUUUCAUAAUAGUGUUUAUUUCAUAGGAUUCAAUCAUUUCACUGUCCUGCAGGCGCCUUAUCGGCUCUGAUGACAAUUUUGUGAUUAUCUGAUGGCAUGCGGUCUAAUGCAUUUGUGAAUGUCUAAUGCAUCGGUCUAUUGCAACUAAUUCAUUGUGUUGAAGGAAAAAUGUUUGAAGUUGUUCAUCACAAUGGAUCUCUUUACUGAGUUGUUGUGUGCGCAACGCUGAUCAACUUCUCUUGCUGAAUUGUCCAUAAAAUAUAUUUGCAAAAAUGUAUAGUCUUCAACAGGCACUGGCAAUAAGGAACCUGUUUGAUGAUAUAUUUGAAUCCCUGAAUCUGCAAGAAUAUAAAUAUGUAUACAGGCAAUUGUAUAGCAAAUUGUACCACCAUGUGGCUCGCAAAAUACUGCCACAAUACUUUACAUCAUUUCAAAUUAAAACUACUUUUAACCUCGACAUUAAACAGCCUUCCACGGCAGCUUUAGGUAGUAGGCUUUACCAAGAACAUCUUGCUCAUGCCACUAUAAAAUACAACAUGUUAUAAAUGUUGCUGAUUAAGUCUUCGGAUUAUAGACUAUUAUUAGUAAUUUGAUUUAUUGUUUACAAAAUAAACACAUCACUGACUCGACAUAUUUUGCACCAGCUACAUGGUUUUAAAACUAAAAAAAAACGUUUGCCAUUAUACUUACUUGCUAAAAGUAGGCAAAAAAUUGUCUCGUAUAACUUUUGUUGCCCCAAAUGAUGUCAUUUGAAAGCAAUUAUUGUACUGCUGGAUAUGAGUCAAAAAAUGAACCAAUGAAUGUAGUGGCUCUGGUGGCGACACCAAUGGCGUCAAUUUGACUUGGCCGCUGGCGCAACACAAUCCAGAGGCUUAAUUUUUGAAUUUCAAUCCCAAUGUGGACACACAAUGUUCAUUAGUACAAUAGCAACAAUUUGCUCUGAACUGUAAUCAAUUGCCACAUUAUAACUGAAUGCUUUGUGGGGAUUAAACACAACAUUUCUAUCUUGAUAUCGAUUCAGUUCAAGUUCAUUUCGCGCUUCGCGAUGCUCAUCAGUUUGAUUUGCUCUUAUAUUUCUUUGACUUGCCGUAAUUCGAGUUCUGCGGCCUAAGCUUGUACGUCUGGUUGGUAGCAUUGUUAAAAACGAAAUUCCAACUGAAAAUAAAAAGCUCUCAUACAUUUUCUGCAUAACCGUGUAUACCAAAUUGUAGUAUUGUGUAGUCACCAAAAGUUACUAAAAAUCAAUAAUGAAGAUGUGAACUUACCUUGAUUAACAAACACUUAUUAGCAAAUAAAAAUCUUCUUAGUCUUUAAAACUCGAAGAAAUAUUAAGAUAAUCUCUCAGAAAUAUUGAAAAAUAUACAUUUAAUUUUGCAUAUUUUAAAAAACGCGCAAUACGAAUGUCAAUGUCAUUCACACCAAUAGACUAUAUUGAAAGAGCAUCGUUUGUUCGAAAACGUGAAUAGAAACUUUAAUUUACACAAAAUAAAUUUCUGAACACACGCGUAACUGUUGAUAAUUUGUCAUUAUUGCUGGACGCACGCAUAAUUAAUAUUUGAGGAAUUUCUAUUAAUGCUUAAUGCACUUUUCAACAUUUUCAAUAGAUUAAAAAAAAUACAGACAAUUGUUUAUUCACCCUUUUCAUAGUUUAUGCAUAAAUGUCAAUCAUUAUUUACAGAAUUUGAAUUUAGAAAAAACAAAUAUUUGACAUGUACAAAUGAAAAUUUAUCGAAUCUAGCUUUUGCCCGCGACUUCGUCCGCGUAGUGGUGUUAGUGGUCAAAAUGCUGCCGUAUGUCAUCUAAAAUGUGAAUUACUUGAGAAUAUGUUACUGUUAGCAUUUUUAAAGAUAUGUAUUCCAAAGAAACCACGACCGCCGAUUCAUCAUUUUAUAAUCAUGAUGAAAAGUAGUAGGUUAUCUAUAUUAUUAUCCUUUAAUUUCCUAUAUAUUGCCUAUCAAUAAAAAAAUAUAUUGUUUCGUUGUUAUAUUCCAAAAAAAAAACACAUUCGUGCAAGCGUAACCUCAACACAAACAGGAUUACUUUCGCAUUCAUAACAUUAGUAUGGUAGUAGGGAUAUUGGCGAUUUAAAUAAGUAUAUGUGUAUUUAAAUAAGAAUGGAACGCGAGUGAAGCCACAGGCAACGUAUUAACGAAAAUGACGAAUUUUCAAGCAAACAUUAAUCUCCUCUAUCAAACAUACUACGCCUCUACCCUUUUUAUUAAAAAGUAGCCUAUGUUCUUUCGCUCCUCAUUAAGUGUCUAAAUACAAAAUUUCACUGUUACAGCUUUAAAAAUGACUAAUUUCCAUAUGACCAUUCAUCCCCUAUUUUUACCCACUCUCCCCUAUUUUUUUGCAAUAAAAAGUAGACCAUGUUCUUUCGUUCCUCGUUAAGUAUCUAAAUACAAAGUUUUACUGUUACAGCUUUUAAAAUGACGAAUUUCCAUAUGACCAUUUAUCCCUUAUUUUUACCCAUUCUCCGCUAUUUUUUUUUUGCAAUAAAAAGUAUCAAGGUCUAUUCUAUCUCAGUACUAAAUUCCAUCAAAAUCGGUUCACUGGUUUAGGCUUGAAAGCGUAAUUACAGACAGACAGAGUUACUUUUGCAUUUAUAAUAUUAGUAGGGAUUCUGUGCUCCAAGUCUCCAACGCACACUUAUUCAAUAGCAUUUGUUUUUUAGUAUCCAAUAGCAUUUAUCCAACAAUGAACUUUAUCCAAUAGCAAUAAAGCUCAAAUUGACUCUACGUAUUAGUUAGAAAACGUUUGUAUGGGAUAAAGGAAAGGGCAGUUUUUAGGGUUUUUCCGUCAAUUAUUUGAUAUUUUCUCACCUUUUAAACCUUCCCUGGACUUCUACAAAUAAUUCAAGACCAAAAUUUGCCAAAUCGGUCCAGCCGUUCUCGAGUUUUAGCGAGACAAAGGAAUAGCAAUUGAUUUUUAUAUAUAUAGACUAGAUAUUUAGUGGGCUGUGGUAGCUUGGGUUUAUUUUCCUUAUACUAGUGGUCGCCUAGUGGUCGAAAUUCGACCAUAUACGAUUUAAUUUACAAUAGCACUUAACAUACGUUCAAGUAUAAUUUUUAUUGAACUAAUUGCUAUUAGUUUUGUAAAAUUCAAAUUAAUAUAUUCCGGCGCAUCAUGAACAGGAAAUCUCUAUUCAUAUGAGACGUGAGAAUAUCAUCGCAAUGUCUGUCGAUUUUGACGUUUUGUCAAAUAUGUCUGUCAAUUUUGACGUUUUGUCAAAUACGAUCAGAUACUAUGCAUGGGCGCGGGAAUUUUAAAAGUCAUUGCGUGGUCAAAGCGAUUUAUUUCAAAGUAAAAAAAGCGAGAUAAUUAGGAUACCUGAAAAAUAGAACCUCGAUCAAAUCAACAAAACAGUUUUGGAUUUGGUGCAAUUAUUUACGUUUUAGAAUAAUAACUGUUCAUUAAUAUUUUUUUGUUCGUCGCUUCUUGUUAGCUUGCUUGUUGCUCUAUGCAUAUUGUUGUGCAUCAGUGCUCGUCACCUUGAACGGUGCUUUAUAUUUUCCAUCAAAAUUAGAAGUCUCUUACACGGUUCGUUUUGAGGUUAUCUUCCCGUGAAUCCAAUUAUUCCCUUGUGUUUUUGUGUGGUGGUGGUUAAUUUUAAGUUCGCGUAGGUGAGUGAACCUUGCUCUAUUCCCGGAAAAGGACUGCUAACAAUGUGAAUACCGAGCCAUUGUCCAAGCGUACCAUUACUGACCCAGAGAGUGGUCUUGGUUCAGUAUCCAACAUUUACAAACACCCAUCUCUCGACACUAGUAAUCGUAGAUACAAUGUCGAAGAUUUUGGCCCGUUUAUUGUACAUGUGUCCCGCGUUGCUGACUCUCCAAAUUCUGGUGUUAGUUUAAAACCUAUAAGGUUAGGAGCGUUUCUGGUGAAGGGUGGUGUAGAAAGCGUUAAAAAAGAUGGUAUCAGAGCUGUUGGCCGUAAUAGAUUAUCGGUUGAAUUUAACUCCGCUAAGGCAGCUAACGAGUUUUUAGACCAUAAAUUAUUAGAUAAGCACAAACUUAAAGCGGAGAUACCUUCCUACAACGUUUCCCGACUGGGUUUGGUUCGUGGCGUCCCAACAGAAUGGACAAUGGAGGAAUUCGUAAGUGCCACAGAAUAUAAAGAAGGCUACGGUAAAAUAGUCAAAGCUCGUAGACUCAAUAGGAAAAUCAAAAAAGACGAUGGGUCGUCUUCUUGGCUGCCCACACAGUCUGUGGUACUGAUCCAAUGCAGAAAAUGCCUUAGGUUCGGCCAUGUACAGAAUGUUUGCCGGUCAAAUGCCCGUUGUUUUAAGUGUGGACAGUCACAUUCAGGAGACAACUGUAAUAUUUCCCCUGACCGUGUCAGAUGCCUCCUGUGUACAGGGAGUCAUCUAGCCACUGACCCAUCCUGCCCUGAAUUCGACAGACAUAAGCGCAUUAAAAAAUUAUGUCAGAACAGAGUAUCUCAUAUAUGGAAGCAUCUGCACAGGAACCGUCUAUAAGACGGGCCUACUCUGACGUUGCUAAAACCCUGCUUGCCUCAUCUCCACCCCAAUCUGUACAAAUCCCAUCAUCUCCCUACACAACUCCUAGUUCCACCCCUCAAAAGAUCUCUUACCGCAAAACAGUUCAAAUUCCCCGCCGUGAGAAGACUCCCCUUCCGGAGAGUUAUGACCGUCGUGCUCAUUACGACCUAAUUAGAGAACCGACACUAUCUCUUCCUGAUGGUUGUGGACUAAAUAAAGCUCACACUUUGCCCAACGAAAACUUACCAGAACUACUGGUAAUGCUGAUCACAAAUAUCAUUGCUAAAUUUAGUGAUGUGUUACCGUACGACGUUGCUCCUUUACUUGUAAGACUCUCUGAAAUUGUUUCAAAUGGCCCCUCCGGGUUCAACCCGAAUUCUAGCUAGUGAUAGCUCUCUCUGUGAGUGCCGUUUGGACGAUGGGACGGUAGACCAUAUCUUUUUCAACUGUCCUAAAUUAGCAUUUUCAUUAUACGACAUUCUUCCUCAAGAUAUACCCCGACCUAUCAACUUCCAGUCUCUUCUCACUUAUUCUCAUUCCCCUUUUAUAGUCUAUUUAAUUAAGUAUAUUUCUUUCCACGGACUUAAGUUUUAAAAUGUUAUAGUUUUCCCCUUUUUUUAUAUAGGCAGGUAGUCGAUUAUUUUCUUUCUUCCUACUAAUAUUUUCCAUGUCCCACUAACAAAAACUUGUACCUAUAUUUUUGUAUGAUAUCGUAACUGUCUUGUGAUGUUUGUGUCGUCAUUUAAUGCUAUUUGUUCUAAGUUUCCUGGAUCAAACUCCUGUUUCCCCUCGAAUUGCACCGAACAUUUUCCAAAUGUGUUGUUUUGAACAAAACGUCGUAGUUGGCCAAAUACGUCUCACAAAAUAGAGAUGUGAAUGCCAUUAAAAAAAAAGAAAA